GGAACAAGCGCCAAAGCUGGGGUUCUGGGCAUCUCCGUUCCCGUCAUCGCCUGGUCGCCAUCAUUUUCGCGACAGCAUUUGAGCUUCACCAGCCACGCUCGUCACCACACCCAGAGCCCUUUUCUUGAAAAAAAAAAAAGAAAUUGAAACCGCGCGACAAUAUCUCAUUUACUACCAACAUCUUCUCCCCAUACACUGCUUGCGCCCAGGUCCCAGGGAGCUUCGGCCAACAGAAACCGGAAAUCUGCAAAGGAGGGCGCCCCAGGCCAGAAACCGCCAAAAUGUCAAACCAGCAGCAAGCUUUGGUCAUGGAGACCAUAAUAGGCAUCCGGAAAAAGCUUAAGAGGAAAUCCUACGACUCCGACUCCGACUCCUCGAUUGACCAACCCACUAACCGCGGAAACAAACUCAAAAAGAGGUCGAGAUUCGUCGCGCGAGGGAGGCUUACCGGCUCCGCGGGCCCCGCUGCAUAUAAAGAGAUCGCCGAGCACGCAGGCUACCAAAGAGCCAUUAUUAACCACAACCCGCCGCUGAUUGACGAGGAUGGCUACGAUAUCACGAGCGACGACGAUGAACAGGAGGUGCAGGAGGCCAUCGCGAGCGCCAUGGAUGAAAACCCGUACUCUGAUGUUCACCUCGAACAGAUCUUUGCCCCCUUAACCUCGGUUACCGACCUGCCUACACAUCCGGCCAUGUCGAAACCCUUCACUUCGAAAGCCCUUACCGAAUUGGUUGACCAGGCGCGCAUCAUCAUGCAGAGCGAAAAUAAGGCGCUUUGGAAGGUCAAGCCUCUGUUGACCAAGCUGGUUGGGGAUAAUACUUGGGUUCCAUGUGGACUUAUGAGCGGUCCCAGCGACGCUUCUCUCUUUACAGAUCCUACAAGGUUCUUCAAUCGCCCCGACCGGCAGCGUCUUCGCCCAACAGCGCCCCCUGUUGCGGCCCUUACGAAUGGGGUAAUGUCGGCUCAUGAAGGCACAUUUGCCGAGUCGGCUGUACGUGAAAGGAUCGAGGGCGUUCUUUCGGGGCCAAGUGCUCCAGCUUCGGAAGACACAGUCGAUGGAGAAACAUUACCAGAUGCCCCAGUUGUUACAAACGGCGAAACAAAUACAGAGGCGCCGAAGCCAGCAGAGUGCCCGAAAGAGCCUCCACUAGUGAACGGCGACAGCAAACCAGAUGAAAGGCCAGCGGAGGAGGCGCAUUCGGGCGACACGACCAAGGAUGAAGAAGACGACGAAGACGUGGUCAUGGCCGAGGCGCCAAAAAGACGAGAUAUUCUGAACCGACCAGAUAUUCGACUAGAACCGCCGCGCAGCAAUGGUACACCAGCCGUGGCGCCCACAAGCGACCCGUUCGGCCCAGACGCCCCUUUUAUACAUCCCAUGUUUAUCGCUCCUCGAGAAGUUCGCCAGGAUCGCAACAUGGGACUGGCCGAGCACGAGGCAGAAGAGCUGCGGCGAUGGCUACAAGCAUAUGUGCAAAAACAGGAAGAAGUGUGUCGGGGUGCAAAGAAGCUUUAUGAACAGCUCCUUCGUGCAGACAGGCUGCGGAAACAGGUGUUGAUGUGGGCCAAGGCAGAGGCGCACUGCGGACCAAACAACCACAUGUCGGACGGGGAAGACUGGUACGACAAGGAGGAGUGGGGCCUGACAGAAGACUUGAAGAAGGGAGAGGACGAAGUGGAAGAGGAUGUGGGCACGACACAAAAGAAGACGAGGAACAGGAAGUAG